AUGGAUGCAGCAGAGGACAGAGAUAUCAAGCUCCAGCGGGCAUCUAACGACCUAGUCACGGAGUUCUCGACCAAGCUCCCGUCGCUGCUGUGGAGGUCUCAAACUGGAGCCCCUCACCGCACCUCGCGCAAGUGGACAUCGGAAUUCAAGGCAGAGAAGCUCGUGAGCCUUCUCGAACCUUUUCAAGAAUGGCCUCAGUUGUUAGACCCGCAUCUGCAUAAGCUAUUGCCCCCCUUAGUGGAUGCAUUUCUGGCAUACCUGAUCAACCACCGCGGCCAUUAUUGCUCCCAAGUAGCAAAAAACACACGUGGUGCUUCACUGUAUCCGCUUCCUCGCGCUAUAUGCAGAUUACUUUACACUUUCUGUAAGGUUCGUGGCGUCAAAGUGAUCAGUCGGUUUCUUAACAAUGAGCCAAAAUAUCUUGAGUCUAUGCUUCGGGCUUUCAUUGAGUGGGAUGAGUCGCGCGCUUCGAACUCCAUCGAAGACCUACCUGAAUGCGAGCUACAGAGCAUGAAAUGGGAAGAGCGCUACGUGAUGCUUGUUUGGUUAUCACAUUUGCUUCUCGCGCCGUUCGACCUCUCCUCGUUAUCAUCUGAUGAUGUUCCCAUUCCGUACGAUAAUUUGCAACAAUUGGGCGACUUCAACACAAAAACCCCAGCAGCUGCGAAAUCGCUUCUGUCAUUGGCGCUGCAUUACAUCAAUGCCCCUGGGAAAGAGCGUGAAGCUGCAACAGCCCUUCUGGCACGGCUUGUCCUACGUGGGGAUAUGCAGACAUUGGGACUCCUCAAAGACCUUCAAAAUUGGGCCUUCGCUACCAUUCUCCCCUCAGAGGACGUCGACUCACCUUUUGUUUACUCCUGUAUCGCCAAAAAGACCGUUGUCAAGAUCCUCCGCAACGUUACCGUCAUGGCAUUAUCUUUGAGCGAAAGAGGAGACACCAGGAUCACAGGUGAUCAGCUAUCAUCCAUUUUGGAAGAUUCAAUUGACCACUUCCUCGUCGUUCUAGCAGACAAGGAUACACCUGUGCGUUUUGCCGCAAGCAAGGCUCUGAGUGUAAUAACCCUGAAAUUGGAGCCUGAGAUGGGCGCCGAAGUCAUCGAAGCAGUAAUAGACUCUUUGAGAGAGAACAUUCUUUAUGAAAAAGAAGAUGGGUCUUUGGUAACUCCGUUUGAAGCAAGGAAAAUCGGCUCUCACACGCUGAGACGUAACCUGGGUGCAGUGGAUGCUCAGCGGUGGCAGGGACUAAUGCUCACACUCUCACAUUUGCUUUUUCGACGUGCGCCUCCUGUUGACCAACUUCCCGAAAUUCUUCAAUCUCUUGUGUCGGGUCUUGGAUUCGAGCAGAGGACAGCCACUGGCAGCUCCAUGGGAACUGGGGUUCGUGAUGCCGCCUGCUUCGGUGUUUGGGCAUUGUCUCGGAAAUACACCACAUCGGAACUGCAAGCAUUGCCCCGACAAGUUGUCCCUUCGCUAUCCGGAACAAGCGAUGUGGAUGUCUUGCAAAAAUUGGCCGUUGAGCUCGUUUGCUCGGCUUGUGUAGAUCCCUCUGGAAAUAUCCGACGAGGUGCCUCCGCGGCACUGCAAGAGUUGAUCGGCCGUCACCCGAACACCAUCACCGAAGGUAUUGCUUUAGUGCAGGUAGUUGACUACCACGCUGUUGCACGCAGAUCUCGCGCUAUGGUCGAUGUUUCCAAGGCCACCGCUUCACUGGAGUCCAUGUACUGGAGCCCCCUUCUCGACGCUUUGCUGCAGUGGCGAGGCAUUGGAUCUCCGGAUGCCGAAUCUAGGAGACAAGCAGCGAGAUCCAUUGGGUCGCUGAGUGUCCAACAGAGAUACAAGACAUUGAGCAUGGUAAUCGGAAGGCUGUUGCAGAAGCUGCCACGUAUUCCCCGGAGCGACGUAGAGACACGACACGGGUGUUUCUUGUCAAUGGCUGCAACCGUGGAAGCCUUCACCAACACAUGGGAGCUUGAUGCAGAAUCAAGCGAUACGUCUGAAGGAAAUAAUGUUUCUUCCCAAGUAACUAAACUGUGGGAGGUUUUCGAGUCCUCGCUGGGUCCUACUGAUGGGGACCUGACUCAACAAACCUCUCGCCCGGAGCUGACCGCGGAAGCCUCUGCUUGCUUGAUUGAUUCUCUUGCUCGCGCUACCAUUUCUACUUCACUUCCUCGACCCUCCGGCGAUCUACUUGAUCGAGUUCUUCGGAUUCUCUCACUUUGCGUCUCCCGGGGUGAUGAUGUUUCUAUAGAGACUUCCUCGGGAGCACUAUCCACAUUGUUCCCACUAUUGACAGCGCAAAAACAGGACAUCACAAUUCAAUCAUGGUUCUCCCACUUGCACGCUGCAUCAAAACUACCCAGUGGCCGUGGCCAGAUUUUAGCCCUUGGUGCUGUUUUCGAACAAGUAGAAGAGACGAGCGAUCUACGAGGGGACAUCAUCACCGAGUUGAUUCGCUAUGCAGGAAAUGAAGAGCUCAUUGAAAAGCGAGUUGCUGCUGUGAGAUGUUUGGCCACUAAAAUCUUGCCACAUACAGUGGUUUCGACGAAAAUUGCAACCAAUCUGCUCGAUUAUCUCAAUGAUUACACUACUGACCGACGAGGCGAUAUCGGCUCGCUAGUUCGAGUAGAAGCGAUCCAGGCGGCCGAAAUCAUUCUGAAAGGGGAAUCGGGUGUGACAUCGCGUUCGCCCAUGAUACAAGACCUACUUCGCUGUCUCGUCCGGCUUGCGUCUGAAAAGCUCGACAAAGUCCGACUGCAGGCAUGGCGUUGCCUGCAAAGCUGUUGGGAAUACUCUGAUCUGCCUCCCCUCCAAAGAAAAUACGAGCAUUUUAGCCAAGUAUCUUCUCAAGAUUAUUUUGCUCAACUACUUACUCUGUAUCCUAUUGACUGGCUGCGUCUGCCUUUGUUCAAGGGACUAGCUACGUCUGCGGUUGCAGGAUCUGAGGGACUUGUUCGGGCAGCAAGAUCAGCUUUGAUUCAAUUUUUAAAUUCUCACGAGCCCAAUCAACGCCAAACAAUCUUGGUUACCCUUCUGCAGGACCUUUCCGCCGCUCUGGGUGAAACUCUUCAAGAUGAUCGCUACGCGGUUCCUAUAGUGGAUUUCUGUGCAUUUCUGAUAGACAGUUUUGCGACUUCCAGUCUGGAACAACAAGACCCUGUAUUCAGAAAGGUCUUCGUGCUUGUCCAGAAGUCACACUUCCGCUCAUCGAAUAUCGCCCGUUUGGAAGCGGCCAUCAAAGCUUAUGCGGCGCUAUCGAGGCUCGAAGCCCUGCGAACAGAUGUCCUCAAAAAGCUAUCGGGGCUACUGCUACACCCUUUUCCAAGGGUUCGGUUGAGUGCUGCAGAUCGUCUAUUUGUUGUCACUAAUUCUGAAACAGUGAAGUAUGAGAACUGGUCUGACCAGCCAAAGCAAUUGAAAGAGAAAGUAGAAGAUCUCAGGGUGGUCCUGUUGCCGGUGAGCUAA